GCUGGGUGCUGGUCGCGAUCAGCGUCAUCGGGCCGGAAAGGCUGGGGCUGCCUGUGGGAUUUUGGCUGGGAUUUGGGGAACCUGCGGAACUUUCCUGAGGCGGUUUUCCUUUGGCAGCCGUUGUUUCACGGUGGGCGGGCAGGCGCAGAGCUCGGCUGAAACAGAGCGGGACUAAAUGGAAUUCCCCGGGAUGAGGGAGAGAAAAGUUAGGAAUAAUGCCGAGGUUCCAUCUCUGUGUUCCGUCGCUUUUCUUUUAGGAGAAACCUCGACGUUCUAGGAAAGCUGGAAAUCCUUGCUAAGAAGUCUGUCACUCAAGUACACAUCCGUUAUUCCUUGCUUUCAUGUUUCUUAUCUGAACUUUUUAUCUGCCCAGAGGGGCUGUGGAUGCCCCGUCCAUCCCUGGAGGUGCUCAAAGCCAGGUUGGAUGGGGCCCUGGGCAGCCUGGGCUGCUGUGAAAUGUGGAUGUUGGUGGCCCUGCCUGUGGCGGGGGGUUGGAGAUUUGUGAUCCUUGAGGUCUCUUCCAACCUGGGCCAUUCUGUGAUUUUCCUCUCCCCCUUGUUGAGCCCUGGACCAGUCUCAGUGCGGCUAUGGCCGUACCGCAGUGAGGCACAAUGUGACCUGGCACUGCUCUGCCCACAGCACUGAGCCGCACUGCCGGGCUGUGCCGCACCAGGGCCAGGCACCUGCACACCUGCUCUGCCAGCACGGACGUAGCGGGGCUUGCCACAGAUCUGCUGUUGAGAAAUCUUCUGAAGUAACAAGUAAAUGCUCCUUUGGAAACAAGCUUAGACUAACCCUAAAGAGGUAUAGCAGAAAUCAAGAGGUGGGAAGGAAGGUGAAAUGAAGAAGCUCAGCUCCUAAGAUUUGUCAGAAAAGCUCUUAAAGAUCUUUAAUUUCUGGCUAUAUGCACCUGCCUAUCCUAGCAGAUAGUGUGAGGAAAGGCCUCUGGCUGUGCAGGGUUUGUAAUCUUGUGCUGUCAUCCCACCUGCCAGACAUCCCAGUUGUGUGUGUGUUCUGCUGGGUAUGUGUACAGAGUGGUUGCUUCUGUGUCACACAAUGCUCAGAUUGUGAAUUAAUUUCAAAAAUGAAUUUAAAAAUUCGGUUUACGUUUGACUUGGGAAUGUUCUUUGUAUCUGCACAAGUGCCUAGCGAACCUGUGUGGAGGAGUGGCAAUUAUCUCCUGUACGAGCUGAGCCUGCAGUGGCUGCAGGUUCCCCAGCCUCCCCGGCUUCCUGUGGGGCAGGCCCGCUUUGGGGCAGUGCUGCUGCACCUCUCCAUGGCUGGCAGCUGCUCCCUGCUGCUGGCAUUCUGAAACUUGUAAGCCACGCUGGUUCCAGCAGCUGCUCUCCAAAUGCAUCAUCUCAGGUUCAGUGCAGUUCUACUGUUCAGAUGCAUUGUCUGUAGGGUUCUUGUAGACAUCUGAGAGUGGGAAAGCCAGUCUUUAACAUUAUUUGGAGAUUAUUAUAUGAAUAUAUAAAAAUGUGGCUAAAUUAGAAACUGCCCUUUAGGAAACAUGUAUUUUCUAUGUCCGCUGUUAGUAUAGAAUGCAACACUGCAGUAGUCUGCCGUUUUAAAUGCUAGCAUAGAGUGGUUUAAUUUUCAGUAGGAUUUACUGAACAAUCAGGAAAUAGCGGUAAAGGUGAGUAUGAGGAGUUUCCUGUUAGUUAUCCAAUUCAUUCCAUGGAUGGCUCUGAGAAAAAAAAAGCAUGAAUGUUGGAAAAAGAACUGUACUUGGGUAAGGAAGCCAACAUUUUUAUAAGGCCGAGGCCCAUAUGCACGCUUUUGGCCCUCUGACAGCUUUACAUUUCUGAUAACAUCCAGUGACAUUCUUUUACCUCCUUUGUUUGCUGAAAUAAUUGCGUUCUGCCCACACAGAAACCUGAUUUGUAUAGUGUUAACACUCAUGUAUGGCCUUGUUUUGUAUUGCUGUGCCUUGCUAUUCUCAAUAUACAUUUUGAAUGUGUAUGAUAAGUGUUGAGUCACGGCCUGAAGCACUGAUGGAGCACCUGGGGAGAGGACCUGGUCAGCCCUGGGAGCACAGUUGAAGGCAGUUCAGCUGUGCAGCAGGAAGGGGUGGAGCCUGGCUGCACCUCACUUGGGAGAAGGUUCUCUGGUUGGAGAUUCUUCCUUUGGGGAGUCUGUCCUGUGAGCCUAGAUCUUCAGAGAUGGCCCUACGGGAUCACACGUUGAAUGGUGCAAACAGCUGAUAGCUGCAACCAUUUCCAGUCAGAUCUCUGGGGCUGUCCCUUCGGAAGGUGUGUCCAGAGACUACCGGGCGCUGCGAGAUGGAAACAAACUGGCACAGAUGGAAGAGGCUCCGCUUUUUCCUGGCGAAUCAAUCAAAGUUAUUGCUAAAGACGUUAUGUACAUCUGUCCAUUUAUGGGAGCAGUCAGUGGUACGCUGACGGUGACGGACUUCAGGAUGUAUAUCAAAAGUGUUGAAAGGGAUCCACCUUUUGUUGUUGAUGUUCCUCUUGGAGUGAUAAGUAGAGUUGAAAAAAUUGGAGUACAAAGCCAUGGAGACAACUCAUGUGGUAUAGAAAUCGUAUGCAAGGAUAUGCGGAACUUGCGGCUUGCCUAUAAACAGGAGGAACAGAACAGAUUGGAGAUUUUUGAAAACCUUGUAACGCGUGCGUUCCCUGUUUCUAAUGGACUGCCUCUUUUUGCAUUCAGCUAUAAAGAAAAGUUUGCUGCCAAUGGUUGGAAAGUAUACGAUCCAAUGUCAGAAUACAAAAGGCAGGGCUUGCCCAAUGAGAGUUGGAAAAUAUCAAAAAUUAACAGCACCUAUGAGCUUUGUGAUACAUAUCCUUCUGUUCUUGUUGUGCCAACCAGUGUAAAAGAUGAUGACCUCUCAAAAGUGGCAGCAUUUCGAGCAAAAGGCAGAGUGCCAGUGUUAUCCUGGAUUCAUCCGGAGAGCCAAGCAACAAUAACACGGUGCAGCCAGCCAUUGGUAGGCCCGAAUGAUAAGCACUGUAAAGAGGAUGAAAAAUACUUGCAGACAAUUAUGGAUGCCAAUGCUCAAUCACAUAAACUUAUCAUCUUUGAUGCCAGACAAAACAGUGUUGCAGAUACAAACAAGGCAAAGGGCGGAGGAUAUGAGAGUGAAAGUGCCUACCCAAACGCAGAGCUGGUCUUUCUGGAGAUUCAUAACAUUCACGUGAUGAGGGAAUCCCUGCGUAAGCUGAAGGAAAUAGUUUACCCUACUAUCGAUGAGACGCGCUGGUUAUCAAACGUGGACUCCACGCACUGGCUGGAAUAUAUAAGGAUGCUUCUUGCCGGAGCUGUAAGAAUUGCAGAUAAAAUUGAAUCUGGUAAAACUUCUGUGGUGGUACAUUGCAGCGAUGGCUGGGAUCGAACAGCACAGCUCACUGCACUUGCUAUGCUCAUGCUGGACAGCUAUUACAGAACUAUCAAGGGCUUUGAAAUUCUUAUAGAAAAGGAAUGGAUAAGCUUUGGACACCGAUUUGCAAUGCGAGUGGGACACGGAGGGGACGAUCAUGCCGAUGCAGACAGGUCUCCCAUUUUCCUUCAGUUCAUUGACUGUGUUUGGCAAAUGACAAAGCAGUUUCCUGCAGCCUUUGAAUUCAACGAGUUGUUUUUGAUCACCAUUCUGGAUCACCUUUAUAGCUGCCUAUUCGGGACUUUCUUAUGCAACUGCGAAAAAGAAAGGUUAAAAGAGGAGUUGAGCACUAAGACUGUAUCGCUGUGGUCCUACAUAAACAGUCAGUUAGAUGAAUUCACAAAUCCUUUCUAUGUAAACUAUGAGAACCACGUCCUGUAUCCUGUUGCCAGUCUGAACCAUUUGGAACUGUGGGUCAACUACUAUGUCAGAUGGAACCCGAGGAUGCGGCCUCAGGUUCCAAUCCAUCAGAACCUUAAGGAGCUGCUCGCCAUCCGCACUGAGCUGCAGAAGAAGGUUGAAGAUCUGCAGCGGGAAGCAGCUACACGGUCCCUGUCCUCCUCCUCUGACAGAGGUUCAUCUCCGUCCCAUUCAGCCACACCAGUGCACACUUCUGUGUGAUGUGUAACUAAAGCUGUGUGAAACAGUUCAAGUCAGGUAAUACAAAGGGGGGGCAGAACGUUUUCCCACCACGCAGGGAUUGAGUGGCUUGUGACAGCUGUGAUCGACAUGCCUUACUGUGUCUGAUAUUACUACAAUGAGGCCAAAAAGAGCUUCAGUAGAUGUGAUGUCUUGUAUUGUUGGCAGUCCCCACAUGUUUUGACAUCUCUACUUAAAUCGUCAAUUGUGAAAUUAAACUUCGUUUCAAGCAACUAACAAUUUAACCAUCCUCAAAAGGGAAUCCAUCUGCUAAGCAGACAGAAAGAUGCCUCUCACACUGCCUAGGGUACCAUGCCUGCUUGAGAGAAUCAGAUGAAAUGGACACGAUGCUUACACAGAAUACUGAGGACGUUUUUCUGAAUGGGAGCUCUGUAUUUCACACGGUAAUACAAUAUAUAUAUUUUUUUGGUAGAGCAAUUGUGUUUUUUAAGGAAAUUGAUGCACUUGGAAAUGGAUUUUAAAGUAAUGUUUUCCAGUGUAGUCAGUUUUGCAUUUCAACUGAAUAUGCCAUUAAAAGUGGAUGAAGAUAAACUGGGUUCGUCAAAUACACCGUGCUGACGUGUAUGAUGUAAUAUAUUUGGUGAAGCAUGUAUUUUAGUUUUUUUAAUGCCUUUUGUACAAGUUGCAAUAAAGUCUUUUGAUGGUUUAGUUUAUUGUUCAGCUUCAGCCUCCUGAGUGAGGGGUGGACUUGAUCACAUCAAGGUCUUGUUCAAAGUACGGGUUUGUUUCUAGCAAAUAAUAGCACUGGGGGUUGAAAUGACACUCGGCUGUGCAAAUUGUAUAGUCUGUAUCGCUCCACGUGUUGUUAGCAGUGUUUCAUUUUAAACUGUACACAAAAUGCAGAGGCAUGUCUGUUCAUAUAUGUGUGUGUGAUGUUCAGCUGAUGUUCUUAGGCUCUGAGAAAACGGAUCCUGCCUACCCAAACGCGUUCAAAGACCUUAACUCGUAAUGACUUUGUUUGACAAAGUUUUUUAAAUAAUAUGAGCUUAAUUGGUUUGCUUGGAAUAAAGCCAGCUGGCUGUUUUUUAAACUCU